AUGGCGCAGCCGAAUCCCCCAUCACCCAGCUUCAAACGAGUACACCGGGUGUCCCCAGUGCAAUCCCGCUUCUGGUUCGCCGAGCAAUACAUGUCCGACCCGACGCAAGCCAACAUGGCCGUGGCCUACAGAACCACCGGUGACUUCGACGUCCAGCGGUUUGAAUGUGCCCUAAAAGAAGUCCUGCCACGGCACGAGACGCUGCAGACUGCAAUUUUCAUGGAUCCAAGCACGCGUGAGUUGUUGCAGGGCGUGCGUGUUGAGCCGGCGCCCUCUUUCGAGUACAUCGAGGAAGAUCUCGUCGGGGGUCUGUACACGCGGGAGAUGGAGAAGGCGAAGGAGAUUGUGUGGAGAAUGGAUCAAGGAGAUGCGUUCCGGGUUACGGUAUUUCCCAACAAGCAUGCCCAAUCUGGAGGAGAAGAAGGCGGGAGAGAGUAUCUGAUCCUCUUCUACUUUCACCACCUCGUGAUUGAUGGGUACAGCUGGUCUAUUUUCCUCAAGGAGUUGAGUCUGGCCUACCAGCAGAAACCGCUGGCGGCGGUACCGCCGCCGUAUACGGACUAUGCGGACGCGCAGUAUCGGGCGAUCGAAUCGGGCGAUCUGGAUCGGCAGUUCGAGUACUGGAGAGAGAAUUUGAUGCCACUUCCUGAGCCGAGUUCCCUGCUCCCCUUUUCGCGCGUGAAGGAGCGAGUGGCCUCGAAAGAUUUUGCGAGCCACACGAUCACGAUGGAAAUAAGUGCGGCAUGUACAGAGCGGGUUAAGGUCUUAUCGCGCACAUUGCGCAGUUCGCCCUUCCAUUUCCAUCUCUCUGUGAUUCAAGUUCUUCUCUGUCGUCUGCUUGGAACAGAGGAGAUCUGCAUCGGCGCCACAGAUGCCGGACGAUCUGAUCAUCGCUUCGCGCGCACACUGGGUUUCUUUGUGAAUACACUCCCCCUUCGACUCCGUUUAGACAAAGGCGAUACAUUCACCGAUGUUUUCCGACGCACAGCUUCUACUGCGAUCGCAGCACUAAGCAACUCGGCCAUACCUUUCGGCAUGCUCACAGACAGACUAAAGGUCCCACUCAACUCAACACACACGCCGCUCUUCCAAAUCAUGGUAAACUACCGCAUGGGCGAGACACUCAGUUUACCUCUGGGCAAGACUGCAUCGCUUCAGUAUGUUGAUGCUGUGCAGGCGAGACUGCCUUAUGACAUGGGCAUCAAUUUCACGCCUUCAGAGACGGGUCCAUGGCUGCUCGAAAUUGACAGCCGGAACUACUUGUACACUCGGCAGAGCGUACAGAUGUUUUCAGAGAUGUAUGCUCAUCUUCUGGAGAGUGUUUGUGAGGAUCAGUCUCUAGCUGUCGAUCAGUAUGCAUUGUUUCCCAAGCCUGUCAUUGACGCGACCCUUCGUCUCGGGGAAGGCGAGAUUGUUGAUUAUGGGUGGCCGGAAACCCUGGUUGAGCGGAUUGAUGAUAUCACAAGGGAUCAUGCACAGGCUGUCGCGGUGACAGAUGAUACAGGUUCUUAUACCUACACAGAACUGGCAGCGCGUGUAAAUGCAAUUGCCUCUGCACUCGUUGAUAGCGGAGUUGGACCCGGGUCGCGGAUUGCUAUCUUUUGCGAACCCUCGAUUGAAGCUAUCGCAGCUAUGCUAGCGGUGCUUCGGGUCGGCGCAAUCUAUGUUCCUGUGGAUGUUAGCUUUGUAGCAGCGCGCCAGGCGGCUAUGAUAGAGGAUUGCCAGCCGUCGGUGAUUCUCUGCCAGACAACGACUGUACAGAGAGUGAAUCAGUUUAGAAGUCAAGAGACACUCGUUCUCCAUGUUGAUGAUAUUCAAGCAGACGAUAGCCUCGCUCCGACUCCCAUCAGAGGCACCUCCGCAUCUCUGGCCAUGAUCCUCUACAGCAGCGGUUCAACCGGAAAACCCAAAGGAAUCAUGCUGCAACAGGGCCUCUUCACAAACUGGAUCGCCUCCCAUGGGGGCGCAACAUUCUCCUCCCGCCCGGAGACGGUCCUCCAGCAGAGCUCCCCGGGGUUCGACAUGGGUGUCGCACAGGUGUUCCUGGCGCUCUGCUUCGGCGGGAGUUUGGUGAUCGUACCGCAGCAGAUGCGGUUCGACCCGAUUGCCAUUUCGCGGUUAAUGGUCGCAGAGCGCGUGACGAUGACUAUGGGCACACCCGCCGAGCACACGAUGCUCCUCCGGUACGGGGCGGAGUUCCUGACGCUGCUAAGGUCAUGGCGAUAUGCGAUUAUCGGCGGUGAGCUUGUCACGGACCACCUAGUCAGAGAGUUCCAGGCGCGGUUGGGGGCGCGGUUUUCUCCUGAAAUUACUAUUGUAUAUGGGCCCACUGAAGCAGGGGGUGUCUCGAUUUGUUCAGCAGCCCCAGUGUCAGGAGGUAAAGAGCCAACGACCACCAUGGUAGUAGGCAAUGUUGGUAGGGCCCUACCCAACACAGCACUAUACAUUGUGGAUGAACACCUCAACCUCCUCGGUCCCGGCUUCCCCGGCGAAGUCUGCAUUGGCGGUGCGGUCGUCGCCCUGGGCUACCUGGACGCUUCGAUGGCGAAGGAAAAGUUCCUCGACAACCCCUUCGCCUCAGAUGAAUACCGCGCGCGCGGGUGGACAAAGCUCUACAAAACAGGAGACCAAGGUCGACUGCUCGAAGAUGGCUCACUUGUAUUCAUCGCCCGGAUGACCGGCGAAACCGUCAUCAAACUACGCGGAAUCCGUGUGGACCUUGAGGAGGUCUCGCAUGCGAUCUUAGCAGCGGCGCCCGAUCUGAUUUCACACGCUGUUGUGUCGCCCAGAGGGGAGGGUGAGUCGCGAUUACUCAUCGCGCAUGUGGUUCUCGCGCCUGGCAAGGCUGUGACUCAGGGCCAGCUUCGGAAUAUCGUGGCUGAGCUUCCCCUGUCUCAGUCCAUACGCCCGAGUAUUCUCAUUCCCGUCGAUACCAUUCCGACGACGUCGAAUGGCAAGGUCGAUCGGAAGGCAUUGGCGAUGCUCCCGCUGCCUGAGAUCAAGUCCCCUGCUGGUCCAGAAACCGACCAGUCUUUUACGCUUGCGGAGGCCGAGCUGAAGGUAUUGUGGGAGCAAGUCCUGCAGGGGAGCUCUGUCCCAGGAAUGGCGAUCCAGCCAAGGUCCGAUUUCUUCUCCGUGGGAGGCACGUCGGUCCUUCUGGCCAAGUUGCAAGGGCUCAUUCGGCAAUCAAUGACAAUAACCAUCCCCCUCGCCGAGCUAUUCAAGGAAAGCACGUUGGGGAAGAUGGCCCGAAUGCUGAGCUCCAAACGGGCGCACAUCACUGAUGACACGAUCAACUGGGACGAGGAGACAAAGGUACCCGAACAUUUCCUCAAGUAUCAACCCCAAGGGUACUGCCAGGACGAACACCCACGCACUGCAGGCACUGCAGGCACGAUCCACGAAGUCCUCUUAACAGGCUCGGCCAGCUUCAUCGGCAAAGCAAUCCUGCACUCCCUCCUCUCGAACCCCACCAUUACGACAGUCCACUGCAUUGCUGUCGAACCCGAACAGAUAUCCUCCCUCCCACCCUCCGACCGCAUCACAGUCCACCCGGGCCUGCUAAUGGACUCCUCCCUCGGCCUUUCCCAGGAUACCCUAAACCACCUCUCCACCACCAUCGACCUCAUCAUCCACGCCGGCACGUUCGGCAACUGCAUGAACCGCUACGCUUCUUCGCGAACCCCAAACUUCCACUCAACAAUAUUCCUCGCCGAGCUUGCCCUCCGUGCACACGUACCCGUGCACUACAUCUCCUCGAACCGUUUGACCCUGCUCUCCGGCGUCACAUCAUACCCGCCGAUCUCAGUUUCGGAGUACGAGCCUCCAACUGACGGCUCCGACGGCCUCAUCGCUUCCAAAUGGGCUAGCGAGGUCUUCCUUGAGCGUGUGGCGAAGAAAACAAUGUUGAAUGUGUGUAUCCAUCGCCCUUGCUAUAUUAUUGGUGAGGAAGCGCCGAACACAGAUAGCAUGAACUGUAUCGUGCGGUUUUCGAGGGAGCUGGGCGCCUUCCCUGCGCAGGAGGGGAUGUGUGGGUAUCUCGAUUUUAAGGAGGUUAAAGAAGUUGCUGCUGAAAUCAUUCGGGAGGCAUUGAAAGUAAAUUCUGGUCCUGGUUCUCUAUUCAAGGACGGAAAGGGGCCGGGCGCAUUACGGAUCAAGCACUAUUCGAGCGGAGUGAAGGUCCCCCUUGGAGAGUUGGGUGAGCGUCUAAGUCAGCUUUAUGGAGGCAGUUAUGAGAAGAUUAGCACGCAAGAGUGGUUAGAAAGGGCUGGCCGGGUCGGUAUGGACCCUCUUGUUCGGGUAUUUAUGGAGGCCGUCAUUGAGACGGGGGAGAAGAGGUCAUUCCCCUAUUUGGAGACAGGAGAUGUGUGA